AUGGACCUCCAUCGCCGGCCGCCGACUACCACCAUCCCCGGCGCCGAUGCGACAAACAACCAUUCCCGCCGUCUCAAAUCAGCUUCCCCUACACCAUCCCUAAAAGCUUCCGAUGCACUCCCUCUCCCUCUCUACCUCACCAACACAAUCUUCUUCACGCUCUUCUUCUCCGUCGCGUAUUACCUUCUCGGAAGAUGGCGUGACAAGAUCCGUAGUUCCACUCCUCUUCACGUUGUUACUCUCUCUGAGAUCGCCGCCAUUGUUUCCCUCAUCGCUUCUUUCAUCUACCUCCUAGGUUUCUUCGGGAUCGAUUUCGUUCAGUCGUUCAUCUCACGCGCUUCCAACGACGGUUGGGACCUCGACGACACUAUCCCCACCGAGCAAACCAAUUUCCCAGUCGCUAACUCCAUUCCAGAUCAGUCUCUUCCCAAAUCCACAACACCGGAACCCUCAUUCUGCACGAAGGAAGACGAGGAGAUUGUGAAUUCCGUUGUAGAAGGCACAACACCUUCCUACACGCUUGAAUCGCGGCUAGGAGACUGUUUCCGUGCCGCCGCGAUCCGUCGCGAGGCUUUACAGAGAACAUCAGGGAAAUCGUUGAAUGGUUUGCCGUUAGAAGGGUUUAAUUAUGACACGAUUUUAGGGCAGUGUUGUGAAUUGCCGGUUGGGUUUGUUCAAAUUCCGGUUGGUGUAGCGGGACCGUUGUUGUUGGAUGGGUUUGAGUAUACAGUUCCGAUGGCGACUACAGAAGGGUGUUUGGUUGCUAGUACUAACAGAGGGUGUAAAGCUAUAUAUGCUUCUGGUGGUGCUGAAAGUGUUGUUUUGAGAGAUGCUAUGUCUAGAGCACCUGUUGUUAGGUUUUCAUCAGCUAAAAGAGCUUCUCAGUUGAAGUUCUUCUUGGAGGAUCCUCUCAAUUCUGAGACUUUGGCUGUUGUUUUCAACAGGUCAAGUAGAUUUGCCAGGCUGCUAGGUAUUCAGUGUGCUAUGGCUGGGAAAAAUCUUUAUAUGAGAUUUACCUGCAGUACAGGUGAUGCCAUGGGGAUGAAUAUGGUCUCCAAAGGAGUGCAGAAUGUUCUUGAUUUUCUUCGAAAUGAUUUCCCUGACAUGGAUGUUAUUGGCAUCUCUGGUAAUUAUUGUGCGGACAAAAAACCUGCUGCGGUUAAUUGGAUCGAGGGACGUGGAAAAUCAGUUGUUUGUGAAGCAGUUAUCAAAGAAGAAAUAGUGAAGAACGUAUUGAAGACCAGUGUGGCUGCCCUGGUGGAACUCAACAUGCUCAAAAACCUUGCUGGUUCUGCCAUUGCCGGUGCUCUUGGUGGAUUUAACGCCCAUGCUAGCAACAUUGUGUCUGCCAUUUUCAUAGCCACAGGUCAAGAUCCAGCUCAAAACAUUGAAAGUUCCCAUUGCAUAACAAUGAUGGAGGCCGUAAAUAACGGGAAAGACCUCCAUAUCUCAGUGACCAUGCCUUCCAUUGAGGUGGGUACAGUAGGUGGUGGGACACAACUUCCAUCUCAAUCUGCUUGCUUGAAUUUGCUUGGUGUGAAGGGUUCCAGCAAGGAAUCACCAGGAUCAAACUCGAGACUCUUGGCAACCAUUGUUGCUGGGUCUGUUUUAGCAGGCGAGCUGUCUCUGAUGUCUGCCAUUGCUGCAGGGCAACUAGUCAACAGUCACAUGAAAUACAACAGAUCAUGCAAAGAUGUAACUAAAAUAUCAUCUUGA